UUCCUGCUGCGCUUGGCUCUGACGUCAUCUCCACGCGCCUCCUAGCGCGCUGCGGCCCGGCGAGACGGCCGUUGCCGGUGCCGCCGCUGCUGCCAUGGCGGAGGUGAAGGUGAAGCCGGAGGUCCCCGACCCCGCGGAUAUAGAGAACAGGAUCAUUGAACUGUGCCAUCAGUUCCCUCAUGGCAUCACGGACCAGGUGAUCCAAAAUGACAUGCCUCACAUGGAAGCCCAGCAGCGAGCCAUGGCAAUCAACAGGCUGCUCUCAAUGGGGCAAUUGGACCUUCUCAGGAGCAAUGCAGGUCUCCUAUAUAGAAUCAAAGAGUCUCAAAAUGCAAGUAAAAUGAAAGGCUCUGACAAUCAAGAGAAACUGGUUUACCAAAUUAUAGAAGAUGCAGGCAACAAAGGUAUUUGGAGCAGGGACAUUAGAUACAAAAGUAAUCUGCCUUUAACAGAGAUCAACAAGAUACUGAAAAACUUGGAAAGUAAGAAACUAAUUAAAGCAGUUAAAUCUGUAGCGGCAUCAAAGAAGAAGGUUUAUAUGCUAUAUAACCUACAGCCUGACCGGUCAGUGACUGGUGGGGCUUGGUACAGUGACCAAGACUUUGAGUCUGAAUUUGUUGAGGUGUUAAAUCAACAGUGCUUUAAAUUUCUACAGAGUAAGGCAGAAGCAGCUCGAGAGAGCAAACAGAACCCCAUGAUACAGAGGAACAGCUCAUUUGCCUCUUCCCAUGAGGUGUGGAAAUACAUCUGUGAAUUGGGUAUCAGUAAGGUAGAGUUGUCGAUGGAGGACAUUGAAACCAUUUUAAAUACACUAAUAUACGAUGGAAAAGUGGAAAUGACUAUUAUUGCUGCAAAGGAAGGUAUAGUAGGCAGUGUGGAUGGACAGAUGAAGUUGUACAGAGCUGUUAGUCCUCUCAUACAACCCACUGGAUUAGUCAGGACGCCCUGUGGACUCUGCCCUGUUUUUGAUGAUUGCCAUGAAGGUGGUGAGAUUUCUCCAUCAAACUGUAUUUAUAUGACAGAGUGGCUGGAAUUUUAAAGUGAAGAAAAGAACUAUAAACUGGAUCAAUUCUUUACUGCCAAGGUGACAAAGCAGCUUGCUUUUUAUCAGUGGACUUUUAAAUUUGUGAGUGACUUUAGGACAUGGAGUUACUUUGUUUUUAAUUAUACAUAAAGCAGCAAUACAUCAAUUGUUUGAGCAGUCCUGACAGUGGACUGAAAAACAAGCCAGCACUGAAGACUGGGGCUAAAGUGGAAAUAUCGAUCCACUGUUGCACAAACACACUAGCUUGUUGACUUAAAAAGUGCCAGAGAACAGCUGGGUUGUGAUGAAUCACUUCCAAGGAUUAUGUCUAGUACUCCACAGGCAGUUAUUCUGAAUGAGAGGAAAUAAGCUCCUGCCAGUAGUAUUAGUCUGAAAGCAAAGUUUGGGAUCUCAUUCUUGUCAACUCUCAUUUGCAACUUUUUCCAAUCAGCUAAUGACUUAAGUCUUAAAACUGACACUUGUCUCCUGUGUGCAACCAUCUAAUUGGAAACAAAGAAUCUGAUGCGAUAAAGAUCCUAAAUACAUCAAACAGCACUCGCCGAUUCUUUAUCAUCUUCUUACCUGCUAACUUAUCCUUGAAACACCCUUUGAUUAUUCUCAUGUACAUCUGUGUUUCAUAUUCUCCAUUGCCACUGCUGUCUGCUGAUGAGGCUGUUAAUAAUUCCUUCAUCUGACAGAGGAUCAUCAUGUGAUGGAUGUGCUCCGGCAGCUUCACUGUAUGAGUAGACACAUCAGCUGAAAUUCUAAAUAGAAGUAUUCUGGAAAGGUGCAUUUUCAGAAUAGAAGAGCACUUCUUGUGGCCUGGUACUUACAGGUACAAGGGAAAUGUUCUCAGGGUUGUAAAAGGUGCCAAUGACAGUUACUCAUACAUAAAUAUGGUCUCUGGUCUUGGUUUGUGAUCUCAGAAAGGCAGGAUAUUGGCACAUCAUCAAAAAGCACCAUCUUUUCUUCCUGUGGUGUAGAGCCAAUUCUUGUUUCUUUUAAACACAACCAUUUGGUUCCUUCUCUGUGUGACUCUGGAGUGGUGACUGGUGAUAAUUUUCUAGAGUGUGUUGUUGUCGUGAGCCUGCUGUCUUUGCUGGUGUCCCAAGGCAUGCUGGGACACAGGCAUGUUCUGAAGACAGAGCUUUUUGUAGUUUACUAGGACUGUGGAUAGCCAUCUGGGUAGUGUAAAGGUGUGAUACUGCCCUUGGAAAUGUAGGCUCAAAUCCUACUUGGGAAGUAAAUAGGCUUUUGCACCAACUGUUUUAGGCUACUUCAACUCUUUCUUAACCUAUAAUCAAGGAACCACUUGGAAAAAGUCAGCUCCUUUCUCAUAAAUGGAAAUAUUGUGCAUAUAUGGCACAGUCAGCUCUCCAACAUCCAGAAUGAGAGGGCUGGGAUGAGGUACUAGCAGCCAGUGCAGUGCAGGUGCAUGAACUUUGCCGAGCCAGCUUCAUUCCAGUACAGCUUGCUACCUGUGGCUCAGUUCAACCUUGCUGAGUCCAAGCUGGGUCUGUAUGCAACUACUCAGUAUCUUCGUAAUAUCCUCUCAGUGCUGGGAAAUGAUUAUUGGAUCAAGCACAAUAUCGGACCCAUUGAAUCUUGCUAUUUGCAAAAUUCCCUGUCUGGAAACAAGCUCUACUGGACACAAGCCAGCUUCUGUGUUAGAAAGGGUAAUGGUCAAACACAUCUGCAACUGAGUUAACAGUCAGCAUGCUAGGUUAUCUCACCAUGAAUAGUAAACAGUUGGCUAACAGAAAGAGAUUUUGGAGGACAGUUUACCUAGUUGGGGUGGGAGACUUGAUAUCAGUUACUUCAAUGCUGGCCAGGAAUUAGACUGCCUCCUUGUUUGGCAGCAGCUAAGCAUGUUGUCUCAGACUGGAGCAAACAACUACGACUGAUAAGCUAGCAUGUCCAUGGGGUGGGUUUGAUAACAUGGCAUUAGCUAGUGGGUACACCCGGAGCCUGCCCUUUCUUUUGUUGCAGUGUUGCCUUUUGAGUGAGAUGGGUGCACAUCUCUAUCCAGAGAGGCAGAAGAGUUGUAAAAGAAAGAAAUGUGGGGUUAGAAUUGUGAGAUGUUUGUUUCUUCUCUGCCUCCUUUGUCCACUCAGCACACUGAAGCCUGAGGAAGGCCUUUGGGCCGAAGAUAACUUCCAUUGAGGUGUGGGGCUGUGUUUGUCUUCCUGCUUUCAGAGAGGACCUAACACAAUUGGUCCUGAAUCCUGCUGCUGCAGAGAUAACAAGCUGUUUAUGCUCAACUUCGACAGCUAGAAGAUUGCUCCCACAGAAACAACAAUCUUAAAUAUGCAGGAGUGUCACCUUACGCAGUAUGACUAUAUUUGCUUCCAAUGAGAAAAAGGAGAGAGAGCUUGUGGUCAGUGAACAGCUUUAGGAAGUGGAUAGCUGGUUUAUUAAGCUGUUUCAAUCAUGCCUCAUUUGUACUAGGUUUAUCUGGUGACUUACCCAUCAUGAUCCAACCUCUGUGGUCCCUGCAGCUUCUUAGCAUUGCAGUUUUAGCAUGACUUCUCAAGUUUGGAAAAAAUGUGCCUAUGGAGAAAAGUAAAGCAAUUUCACUUUCCUCUCCAUGAAAAUGAAACAUAUUUAAAAAUAAACAUAUAUUUACAAUAUGUAUCAA